AUGGUGCGAUUGUUUUUCCAAGUCUUUGCAGCGCUAGCGCUAGUCUCUGGCAGCCCUCACGAUCCUGAAUGUGUAAGAAGAACCAACUUCUUUGGUGGUGACCAUGGUGACCUUUUUGAAGAUAAGGUGGAUCACACUACAAAUACCACUGGCAUCAUUGUUCGUGCAUCAAAACGACUUGAUGCUAUUGGUAUCAAGAUCGGCAACACUGAAAUGCCACUUCAUGGCGGUUCUGGUGGAGAACUGCAUUCACAUGACUUUGGUGGCCGGAAAAUCAUUGGGAUGACAGUCCACAGGGCUAAGCAUAACGAUCGCACAAGAGUCUUCUAUGUGGAGUUUACAUUCAAUGAGGGACCAUCAGUUACCGCCGGUAUAAAAGACGCUCACCGUAAAGACAAAGACACUAAUGAAGAAUUUCCUGGUGACGGGAUUUAUUUGAUUGGUUUCCAUGGAAGAGCAGGUGAUGAGAUUGAUGCUUUAGGUGGCCUGUGGGUUGAUACAAAGUGUGCGAAAAAACUAGAAAAAGGCUAUGGCGACGACCCGGACGACGACGACGACGACCCGGACGACGACGACGACGACCCGGACGACGACGACGACGAUGACGAUGACAAAAACAACUAG